CGCAGAACAAAAAGAUGACUGCGGUUGUUUCUGGGUGGUGCAGGCGGGUGUUCUGGUGGGAAGGGGUGUUGCUGGCGGUGUCUGGGUUGAUGCUGCUGGUGUGGCCGGAUCACGUAAUGCGCAUGCAAGGGAUCCGAGCUGAGGAUGCAGAGAACCCAGUGGCAGCGAGCAACCUGGCGCAGUUUGGCGCCAUGUGCCUGUUGAUGGCCUACGUUGGCUUGUUCGUCCCAGUGCAACCCCGCAUCGUGCAGGCCUGUCUCCUUGGCGACCUCCUCUGGAUGUACGCCUUCUUCCAACUCGGCGACGCCAUCGACUGGUCACUGCUGGGGACCCUGUUCUCCUUCUGGAUUGUCGUGUUUCUCGCCGCUGUUCGCGUCAUCUUCCUUCUCCUCACCACCACCAGCGCACACCACAAGAAGAAGAAGAAGAAGGCGCGGCAGUGACACAUCUCUGUUACAACAUCAUAAACAGUAGUCCCA